AUGAACGUUUUGCAGCUUUCUCUGUGUUUUCUGUCUGUCGGCUCAUUGUAUCAAUUUCAUCGUCUUUUAGGAAUUUUGGAAUUCAUUAGCCUGGCAGUCGGUCUGGUCAGUAUCCGUGGUGUGGACUCUGGUCUCUACCUGGGAAUGAACGAGAGAGGCGAGCUGUAUGGGUCGAAGAAGCUAAACAGAGAGUGCGUCUUCCGGGAACAGUUUGAAGAAAACUGGUACAACACCUACGCAUCCACCUUGUACAAACACGUGGACUCAGAAAGACAGUUCUAUGUGGCCUUAAAUAAAGAUGGUUCCCCGAGAGAUGGAUACAGGACUAAAAGACACCAGAAGUUCACACAUUUCCUCCCAAGACCCGUGGACCCCUCCAAAAUACCGGUCAUGUACAGAGAUCUCUUCCAUUAUAGGUGA